CUCUCCUCCACAUUCCGUCCAUAGCGUCAUCACCAUUACAUGAUGGGGAUUGGGCUGUUUUUCUUCGCCUUCAACUCUUCUGCACUAUCUUCCCACUCCACCAUGCUUGUUCUUUCCACUACCCUUGCAUUUCACUAACAAUGGCAGACUUUACGAGCUCUUCAUACCGGGAUUUCACUGAUCCUGAUCCCAGGGAGGCAAACAUCCUUUCCCAACAUCUCGACCCACAGUUCACCGCCUCAUUACAGGAUGAACUCACUCCCCCAGACGCCCCUGACGAGCACAACUCCGGCGAGUCUGGCCCCGAGCCCCAGUCUUCCUUGAGACUCCAAGGUGGAGAUAUCCACCGAGACCUGUACCGCAUCGACGCCCGCUCCAAACAGGCCCGCCUCGACAAACGCUCCCUGACCUUCUCCCACCUCCCCCGCCAGAACGACGACGCCGUCGAGGAGAGCGUCGCUGCGCUCGAACCGGGCAGCUUCCGACGCCACUUCCUGCAAAAUAAAUAUGGGCGACUGAAUGGACGCGGGGUCACGGCGUCGUUUCUCGAUUUCCUGGACAAUUAUGGCAAUUUCGCCGGCGAGGAUUUGGUUGAUACAGACGAGGAGGAGUCAGCGAUUGCGGAGGAGGAAGAAGAAGAAAGGGAGGCACAUGAGCGGAGCCCCCUGCUGCGACGUCGAAAGAGUGCGCGGGCCCGACCUGGGGAUGCCUCAAAUGUAAAGACCUUCUUCACGCUGCUCAAGGCGUUCGUGGGAACGGGCAUUAUCUUUUUGCCCAAGGCCUUUCGCAAUGGAGGGAUAUUGUUCUCGUCGAUCACCCUUGUUACGGUCUCGUUGAUCAGUACCCUAUGCUUUCAUCUGCUGCUGGAGUGUCGGAGACGGUAUGGCGGAGGUUAUGGUGAUAUUGGGGAGCAGAUUGCGGGUCCUCGCGCGCGGUCGCUGAUUCUCUCAUCGAUCGCCAUCUCGCAGUUUGGGUUCGUGUGCGCGUGUAUCAUCUUCACUGCGGAGAACGUGCAUUCCUUCAUGACCGCGGUGAGCUCCGCGCCACCUGAGGCGCUGACCACGGGGGCUCUGAUUGGAUUGCAGCUGGUGGUGUUGGUCCCAUUGGCCUUGAUCCGCAACAUCUCCAAACUGGGCCCCGUGGCGUUGCUUUCGGAUGUGUUCAUCUUGAUGGGACUGGGUUACAUCUACUGCUACGACAUUGCCAGUCUGGCCUCGCGUGGGCUGGCCUCGACGGUGGAACUGUUCAACCGCCAAUCGUUUACCCUCACCAUUGGCUCCUGCAUCUUCACCUUCGAGGGUAUCGGCCUUAUCCUCCCAAUCCAGUCGUCCAUGAAGCAUCCCGAGAACUUUGAUCGACUUCUUUACAUCGUCAUGGGCAUCAUUACCGUUCUCUUCACGGCCGUCGGUGCGCUCUCGUACGCCACCUUCGGCGCGGACACGCAAACGGAGAUCAUCAGCAACCUGCCGCAGGGUGACCGGUUCGUCAAUGCGCUGCAGCUGAUCUAUUCGAUGGCCAUCCUCAUCAGCACUCCCAUCCAGCUGUUCCCGGCCGUGCGGAUCCUGGAAGGCAAGCUCUUCGGCCAGGGAUCCGGCAAGCGGGACCCGAUGAUCAAGUGGAAGAAGAACGUUUUGCGGACUCUAGCUGUGCUGGGAUGUGGCGUGUUGUCGGCGGUGGGCGCGGGCGACCUGGACAAGUUCGUUUCCUUGAUUGGAUCGUUCGCCUGUGUGCCGCUGGUGUACAUCUACCCGGCCUAUCUGCACUACAAGGGAGUGGCGCAGUCGUCGUGGGCGAAGCGUGGCGACAUCGCAAUGGUGGUGCUCGGGUUCGGGUUCAUGGUGUACACCACGUCUGCGACGGUCUCGGUCUGGUUGGGGAGUUAGCUGUUGCUCAGCUUGCACUGUCGAUGGCUAGUACCUGUGGGCGAGAUAUGUCGUGUGUCUUAUGUCAUUGCUGGUGCUUUUGAUGAUUAACGUGUUCGGAUUGCAUGCUGCAUGUUCAUGAUUUACGCCGUUGUUAUUGUGUGCCUGGGAUCAGCAUGUUUGGAGUGUGGUGGUCGCAUGCUAAUGAUUUAGGUGUUUGAGGUCACUAAUCAAUACAGGAUAGAUAUGUCCGAGAAACCGACCGACUCAUGGUCGGGUCUGUCGACUCAUCGAAAAGACAAGAGGGUGUGGGUGGUCUUGCUUGCUGUUUUGGUAUCUAGCUCAAUGCAUGAUGCGUACUGG